AUGCCAGUACUUACCACUGAUGCUGAGUCAGAAACAGGUAUCCCAAAAUCCCUUUCCAAUGAGCCUCCCUCAGAAACCAUGGAGGAAAUAGAGCACACAUGCCCACAGCCUCGACUGACUCUGACCGCUCCUGCCCCAUUUGCAGACGAAGUCAGCUGCCAGUGCCAAGCACCCCAUGAGAAACUGACCAUUGCCCAGGCCCGCCUCGGGACACCAGUUGACAGACCCGUCAGGGUGUAUGCCGAUGGGAUAUUUGACCUCUUUCACUCGGGCCACGCACGGGCACUUAUGCAAGCAAAAACACUGUUUCCAAACAGCUACUUACUAGUAGGAGUUUGCAGUGACGACCUUACCCACAAAUUCAAAGGUUUUACCGUGAUGAAUGAAGCAGAGCGUUACGAAGCUCUCAGACACUGUCGCUACGUAGACGAAGUCAUCCGUGAUGCUCCAUGGACGCUCACACCAGAGUUUUUGGAGAAACACAAGAUUGACUUCGUGGCCCAUGAUGACAUUCCGUACUCAUCUGCUGGCUCAGAUGAUGUUUACAAGCACAUAAAGGAAGCAGGGAUGUUCGUUCCGACUCAGAGAACGGAAGGUAUCUCAACAUCAGAUAUCAUCACCAGAAUUGUCCGCGACUAUGAUGUGUAUGCCCGCCGCAACCUCCAGAGAGGGUACACAGCAAAGGAACUGAAUGUCAGUUUCAUAAACGAGAAGAAAUACCGCUUUCAAAACCAGGUAGACAAGAUGAAAGAAAAAGUUAAGAAUGUGGAGGAAAGAUCGAAGGAGUUUGUUAACAGAGUGGAAGAAAAGAGUCAUGAUCUUAUUCAAAAGUGGGAAGAGAAGUCAAGGGAAUUCAUUGGCAACUUCUUAGAACUGUUUGGGCCAGAUGGAGCAUGGAAACAGAUGUUCCAGGAGAGGAGUAGCCGGAUGCUGCAGGCCCUGUCCCCGAAGCAGAGCCCCGUGAGCAGCCCCACCAGGAGCCGGUCUCCAUCCCGCUCCCCGUCGCCCACCUUCUCGUGGCUCCCGGUCAAAACCUCACCUCCCUCCUCACCCAAAGCUGCCUCGGCCUCCAUCAGCAGCCUGAGCGAGGGGGAUGAGGAUGAGAAGUAA